AUGGACAACAAGUUCAAUCCACCGUGUGUCCCUGAUAUCAGCCACAAGUAUCCCGCAAAGCGCCCAUCAACACGCAAACGUAAAUUUCCGGAUGCAGAGAUGGAUCGCCUCAACACAUUCAAACUUCAUCUCAUCAAUGCAAUGAAAAAUAUGUACGACAGCCUAACACCGCCUGGCGGUGUCUUAACCUCUGAAGAUUUAUUUCACAAUGAUGAGGCAGAAGCAAUUGUGUUCAAUCUACACAACAUCUCCACUAAGGAUGAUAUCCAAUCACUCAUUGGCGGACAGUCCUUCUCAGGCCAGCUGGAUAAAUUGGACAAGCUUGUAGCCGAAUUCAAAUCAAUGCAGGAAGAUAGCAAUACUGAGGGUUGCAGCCAGAAGUUUGCAAAAUUAAAUGGUAGCAAUACUCAAACACCGAUGGAACCCAAUGGUUCAGAGUUGCGCGCUCUAAGCGGACACCUUGAGAAUGAGCCACUUUUGAACGGACAACCUGAGCCUUCUGGACGUUCUCCACACAAGACUAAAAGGGAAAUCGCCGCGGAGAAGAGACAGCAGAAAGCAAAAGAAAAGGCAUUAUCACUAGAGCGGGAACAGAAAUGGAAGGAACAAGUUGCUGAAAUCAUGGCCCAGACUUGGGAGAAAUACAAUGGGGAGAAGACAAGCAAAAACACUGAGAAUUGCCCUUGCGGGUCGGACUCGGUUGGCCAACAAAUGCCUUCGGAAUGA